AUGUCCAACGCGUUAAGUGACCUAAACCCGAUGGUUGGUGUUGAGGGUGCCUACAGCUCCAAACAGAUCUACUCGGUACAAGAUAUCAAAGACGUGAUCGAAUUCGGGCGUGAUCGUGGUAUCCGCGUAAUUCCGGAAUUCGACAUACCCGGUCACACACACAGUUUGGCUUAUGCCAUGCCCGAGGUCUUGGCACAUUGUCCGGGUGAUCGGGGUAUGCCAAGUAUGUUCUUUGGACCGUUAAAUCCGAUGAGAAACGAAACCUAUGAUUACCUGCACGGUCUGAUCGGUGAGGUGUUUCAUCUGUUCAAAGAUGAAUNAAUUUGUGCAUCUCGGCGGCGAUGA